AUAACUGUUUCCUGCUUAGGGAGAGGAUACAGGUCUUUAUUAAAGCAGCUGUGUGCAUUUCAACAAAUUAGUGCGCAUCUGAAGAGGAAUAAACAUGGGGAAAACAGUCACUGCGCUUCACGGGCUUCUCCUCACGCUGGGACUAGUCGCGGCUCAAGCAGAAAAAGCAGGGGAAGCUCUGCCAAACUGGCUUACGGGAAUCAUCGCCGUUGGUGUGUUCCUCUUUCUGAUCUUCAUCGCCUUCCUUGUAAACAAAGCCUGGUGUGAAGAUGCAAGCAAACCAGAAGCAGUGCACAAUGAAUACGCCAUGACUAAUGGAUCAACCCGUGAAACCAGUCUUGACGCAGUCAGGAGCAGCGAAGACCCUAAAGCAUACGAGAAUGUGGUCGUUCACCAAACCGAUGAAAAAGUGACCGAGAUGUAAUUUGAAGGAAAUGUCUGCAAUCAGCCAAGCCAGCACGCCAUGUUAACCUUACUUUUUUGUAAUAAGUUAUCAUUUUAAUAGCUGACACGGCUCAUCUUGUACCAAAGGUUAGCAGUGAUAUUUACAGGUUUUUUUCAAUCGACUAUACAUUAACUGUAGUUAAUUCUAGAGGACAUUUGUUGUUGUAACAGUUUGUGAAUAUGCUAUUUUUGAAAAUUUUAAUGCUCAGUAAGGCUGCAUUUAUUUGAUCAAAUAUACAGUGAAAUAUUAUUCAUUUAAAAUAACCGUUUUCUAUUAUAAUAUAUUUUUAAAUGUAUUUUUUUUUU